CUCUCAACGUUCUUAUUUGAUUUAGAAACUCAAAUCUAUAUCGGAUCUUGAAUCUUGAAUCUUGAAUCAGACUCAGAACCUUGGAUCUUGGAAAAUCGACGAACAUGUCUUCUCCUGGCGAAUACUAUAACUCACUUCCACCAAUAACCAAGGCUUAUGGUACUCUGUGCCUUUUCACUACAAUAGCCAAUCAGCUGGGCGUAGUUGCUCCUGUCCACAUUGCUUUUAUUCCUCAACUUGUACUUAAGCAGUUCCAGAUCUGGAGGCUGAUAUCAAACUUCUUUUUCCUCGGUGGUUUCUCUAUCAAUUUCGGAAUACGUCUUUUGAUGAUAGCAAGAUAUGGAGUUCAACUCGAGAAAGGGCCAUUUGAAAGGCGGACGGCAGACUUUUUGUGGAUGAUGAUCUUUGGAUCCUUUACUCUCUUGGUAUUAUCAGUCAUACCGUUUUUCUGGACGCCUUUUCUUGGAGUUUCUCUUGUGUUCAUGCUUCUAUAUCUCUGGAGCCGGGAAUUUCCAAAUGCCAACAUCAGCCUAUACGGUCUUGUCACUCUCAAGGCUUUUUACCUCCCAUGGGCAAUGCUAGCACUCGAUGUUAUCUUUGGUUCUCCAAUCAUGCCAGAUCUUCUUGGCAUCAUAGCCGGACAUCUAUACUACUUCCUAACAGUUCUCCAUCCUCUUGCUACCGGAAAAAACUACCUGAAAACCCCAAAAUGGGUUAAUAAAAUCGUAGGAAGAUGGCGAAUUGGAGCUCCGGUAGCAAGUGUUCGACAAGCAGGUGGUGUAGGAGCAGCAGGACCCGGUGCUGGAGGGGGAGUAGGAGGAGGAGGAGCUUAUUCAAGCGCUCGUGCCCCACCAGAGAGUUCAAACACAGCAUUCAGAGGACAUCACCUUACCGCUGCUGCUAUCGUUGGUCAUGAUGGUAGCGUCUGGGCUCAGAGCUCCAACUUCCCUCAGUUCAAGGGACAAGAGUUCAGUGAUAUUAUGAAAGAUUUCGAUGAACCGGGUCACUUGGCACCAACAGGGUUAUUCCUAGCAGGAGCUAAGUACAUGGUUAUCCAAGGCGAGCCCGGUGCUGUAAUCCGUGGCAAGAAGGGAGCGGGAGGCAUAACAAUAAAGAAAACAGGACAGUCAUGUGUGUUUGGGAUCUACGAAGAGCCAGUGACACCAGGACAGUGCAACAUGGUCGUCGAAAGGUUGGGUGAUUACCUCCUCGAACAGGGUCUCUAGAAUCAAUUCUUACAAUGUUC